CAUUUUUUCUAAAAGGAAAACAAAAAAAAGUAAAAUUCCACUAAAGGAAUCACCAUAAGUCUUCUUGUUCCCUAGGGCUUUCUUCUACAGAUCAUAACAUUCGUAUCAAUCACAUUCUCCAUUACCUUUCUUCUUCAGUCCCCAAUGGCAUCAAACACCACCGACAACUCUCAGCAAACACCCCGCCAAAGAAACGGACCUCCUCCGCCGCGCCGACAGGGGAGAAACCCGCCGCCGCCUCGGUACCAGCCCCAGCACCAUCAGACGACGGCUCAAGUUCCCCAGGAGAAGAAGAAACCCGUCUUCGUCAAGGUCGAUCAGCUCAAACCAGGCACGAGCGGACACACCCUGACCGUCAAAGUCGUCAGCCAAACCUCCGUUCCUCAGAAACCAAACGCCGCUUCUUCUUCUUCUUCUCACCUCCGACCUAAUCGGAUCUCCGAGUGCCUCGUCGGAGACGAGACCGCUUCCAUCCUCUUCACCGCUCGCAACGAUCAAGUGGAGUUGAUGAAGCCUGGAGCUACUGUGAAUCUCCGGAACGCGAAGAUCGAUAUGUUCAAGGGGUCGAUGAGGCUUGCUGUUGACAAAUGGGGUCGUAUUGAGGUCACUGAGCCUGUUGAAAUGGCUGUUAAAGAGGAUAACAAUCUGUCUCUUGUGGAGUAUGAGCUCGUCAAUGUCGAGGAAUGAUCUCUCUGUCUGAUGGGGGUAUGUAUUAAAGCGCCACAAUGGGUUUUGUUUUGUGGUUAUGUAUGGGGGAGAAAUGAAGAAAAGAUGGGGGAGAUGAUUAUGUUUAUCUUAUGACAGUUGCAAGUUUGGUAUUUACCUACGGGUCGGGUACUAGUACAUUAUGUUGGGUUUUGGUGCACGAUAUAUUAUCAUUCUGUAUGUACUCUUUCAAUUGUGGAUGCUUUUGUAACUUCUUCUCUGUUUUUGUAUGGUUCUUGAACAGAGAGGUUAAUGAAAAACUUGGUAAAGA